AUGUUUGUGAUAAAAUCUCUUGGGAAAUUGAUCUGGGGGAAUCCUGACAUCCCUGAACUUAUUAAGAUAUCAGCGGGACAAUUAUAUCUUGUUAGACCAAAUAGUUUGAAGGGAACGAGAGAAUGCAUUUUCCAUGAUGCACAAGCUGUAGUACGUCGUACAGCUGUCGAAUGGCAAUAUCAAUUGGUUGUUACAAGAGUUUAUCAAGAAGGUGAAGAUGAAUUAAUCAAUGAUUCCUUGGACAUUGAAGAUGAUGAAAAGCCAUUUUUAAUCGAUGGAACAUUAAAUUUUCGUAAAGGACAUAUAGAUGGUUUAUCCACAUUUUCUUGGAGAGAUUUAUCAGGGGAUCCCGAUGAUGUGUUUGAAUUUGUGUGUGAUGUUAGCACAACUGCACAUACAGUCAACGCUUUUGAAAUAACCAUUUAUCAGUGCAUGUAUGAGAGAAAAUACAAGAAAUCUAAUGAGAAUGCAACUGAAGAAGAACUUCAAAUGUCAUUGUCAUCAGCAAAACAAUCUCUUAUAUUUGAUUUUCCAGGAGCACCACCAGAAGUAGAAAUUUAUAGUACUGCUAAUGGCGAAUUACAUUAUUAUGAUCCUGGAGCUGGUGUUUUCAUAUUGGGUAAACCUGGAAUUACAGCUACAAUACUUAGAGGAGAAAGAUUUGAAUAUUUUUUGAUAAUAGUUGAUGAUGUUCAAAGGUUAAUUGUGCAAAAACUUGAACCAAGAAUGAAUAUAGUUUUUAAUCAAGAAGGUCAUGUUUAUUCAUUAUUGAUGAAAUUUAAUGAACAAGAAAGUGAAGCCCGUUUCAAGAAAAAGCUUUCUACUGCCAUGUAUGAAACAUUAAAUGAAACAAGAGUCAAGGAAGAUGAUCAAGAUUAUAUAAUGAGUGCUUAUCAAGAAGACACUGAAAUGGUUGAUUCUGAAUCAAUAAAUGAAGAAUCGGGCAAUGGCAAGCAUUGCAAUGGCGAAUCACCAAAUACUCAACUUGCUGUUGGAUAUAAACAUGAUAGAUCAUUUGUUUUAAAAGGCAACAAUAUUGGAGUGUAUAAACAUACUGAUGAUGAUAAUUUGGAAUUUUCAACCAAUAUUGCAAAAAUUAAAAAACCAAGUGGGCUACAAUUUAAUCCAUCAAAAGCUAUGUUACAUGAAGAAGAUUCUUCAAUGAUCCUCAUGGAUCCAAAUGAUGAACAUAAUCUUUACAAAAUGGAUCUCGAGUAUGGAAAGGUGGUCGAGGAAUGGAAAGUGCAUGAAGAUGUCCCUUGUGAAAACAUUUUUCCAGACAAAAAAUAUGCUCAGAUGACUGGCGAGAAAACUUUUAUUGGCAUGUCACACAACUCUUUGUUUCGUGUUGAUCCACGUUUACCUAAUGAAAAAUUAGUUGAUUCACAACUGAAGUUAUACACUACAAAAAAUGCUUUCAGUUGUGGUACUACUGAUUCUAAAGGGCAUAUUGCUGUUGGGAGUAGUAAGGGUGAUGUGAAAUUGUUUGAUACAUUGGGUAAAAAUGCAAAAACCAAUUUACCAGCUUUGGGUAGUGCUAUUAAAGGAAUUGAUGUUAGUUCUGAUGGUAAAUGGGUUAUUGCUACCACUAGCAGAUAUCUUUUGUUAAUAGACACUGAAUUGCCAUCAGAUCCUAAUCAUAGAUUAGGAUUUGAAAAAAGUUUCCCAAAAGAUAAAAAGCCAACACCAAGAAUAUUACAAUUACGUCCUGAACAUGUUUCUCUCAUGGAACAUGAAGUGGAUUUCACUCCUGCUAGAUUUAACACAGGUGAAUCUGAUUUAGAAAAAGCUAUUGUUACGAGUACUGGACCAUUUGUUAUUACAUGGAAUUUCCGUCGAGUUAAACAAGGGAAAUUGGAUGAUUAUCAAAUUAAACGUUACACUGAUAAUGUAGUUGCUGAUAAUUUUAGAUAUGGACAGGAUCCAACUCCAACUAAAGCUACACUUUCACCUGCAAAAUCGUGA